GAUUUCCACGAAUUGGACAUGCCAAGGGAAGUGACGUAAAAAGCCAUAGGCGAGAAAGAGGUUUGGAACACAGAACUGUAAACGCGCGGUCGGCGAAGGGAAGGUUUUUUAAACAGACAUGGCGAAGCAUCAUCCAGAUCUGAUAUUUUGUAGAAAACAGGCGGGUGUUGCCAUUGGAAGACUCUGUGAAAAAUGUGAUGGGAAAUGUGUGAUUUGUGACUCCUAUGUGCGCCCGUGCACUCUUGUGCGUAUAUGUGACGAAUGUAACUACGGCUCAUACCAAGGGCGCUGUGUGAUCUGCGGGGGACCGGGGGUUUCGGAUGCUUAUUACUGCAAAGAAUGCACUAUUCAGGAAAAAGAUAGAGAUGGUUGUCCCAAAAUUGUAAAUUUAGGCAGCUCCAAAACAGAUCUCUUUUACGAACGAAAGAAGUAUGGAUUCAAGAAGAGGUGAUGCUGCCCGUGGAUUUUCUGUGUGAUCUUAUCUCUUUGUGAAAACCUGGAUUUUGUAAUGUUAGAGAAAUCAUUAAAAUGUCUGUUUUACAACAA